GCUCUUCCGAGAUUUGUCAAAACCCGCUCAGUUGGUAAGCUGUGCUCGACUCAACUGCUGCGUGUUGUCUCCCACUCUUGUUACCAUUCAUAUGAAGGCCUCUAUGGCUUCUAUUUUCGUGGACUAUUCAUAAGACCUGCAAGUUUUCUUUUUCUGUUAGCCUCCUGGCCUCAAUUCCUCGACCAUGGCCAGCCUCCUCCGGCGGCCAGGCAAUCUUGCUCGAAUCUCGAGGAGAGCCGCACAGCAUAUCCAUCCUACAAGACCGCUAUCGCUAAAUGCUUCACGAUCACAGCUUUCGUCCUUUAUCACCUCACAUCGUGUCAGGUCCUACGCCACUGUCAAUCCCGGUGGCCCGAAUCAUGACAACAAGGAUAAAGGGCAAGGGCAAGAACAAGGACCUGGGAACAAUGGGGACCGCAAACCGCCACCCGAGGAACCACAGUCAAAGUUGUCGAAAGAAGAGGAAGAACAGAUCAAUUCCUUCAUAGAGCAUAUGAAGCCGAACCUGCCAAAGUCACAACAGCACAUGUUGGAGGAGAUGCGGACGGUGCUAAGGAGUGAAGGUGUACCGCCAGAGCUGAAGGAGUUUAUCAGAGAGCAUAUCGAGUCAGGAAAACCGGCAUCUCUAAUGGAAUAUGUGAAGUUGAGCCGCAUAAUGUCUCGACAAGUACGAGGUUACGUUUCGAAAGCUGCUGAGUCGGAGCAGUCUGGGGACCGGGGAAAGAAAUCCGAAGAGCGACAGGGGCAAAAGGACGAGCAGGGGAAGCAGCCUAAGCCACCGAACUUCAAGACAUUUGAAUUCCGCUUAGAUCCCUCCAGUUUCCUAAUAAGUGCCCUCUUGACUUACUACGUCUAUCGCAGCAUCUGGCCUGGGGAGAACAGCAAAGAGAUUACAUGGCAGGAGUUCAGAGCGAAUUUCUUCGACAAGGGUCUUGUUGAGAGGUUAACAGUCGUUAAUGGGAAUAGAGUCCGAGUCGACUUGCAUCGGGACGCUGUAAGCAGGGUCUAUCCUGAUUCCCCGGCUGCCCAACCCUAUUUCCAUUAUUAUUUCACCAUUGGAUCCGUCGACUCCUUUGAGCGAAGAUUGGACGAAGCUCAAGCGGAACUUGGCAUUCCAAGUGCCGAACGGAUCCCUGUCGCUUACGUCGAAGAAGUACCCUGGCUUGCUACUCUCCUGUCCUUUGGCCCUACUCUCCUCCUGAUCGGCUCCUUCUUCUGGUUGUCGAGACGUGCCGCCGGCGGUGCAGGUGGCCAGAACGGAAUUUUUGGUAUUGGGAAGAGUCGGGCAAGACGCUUUAAUCAUGAAACCGAUAUCAAGAUUAAGUUCUCCGAUGUUGCCGGGAUGGAUGAAGCUAAGGUGGAGAUUAUGGAGUUCGUUAGUUUCCUCAAGCAGCCGGAGAGGUUCCAAAAGCUAGGUGCCAAGAUACCUCGUGGUGCAAUCCUUUCGGGACCUCCUGGUACCGGUAAGACAUUGCUCGCAAAGGCCACAGCUGGUGAAUCUGGCGUACCGUUCUUCAGCGUGAGCGGCUCGGAAUUCGUUGAAAUGUUUGUCGGUGUCGGCCCGUCUCGUGUGCGUGAUCUGUUCGCCAACGGCAGGAAAAACGCUCCUUGUAUCAUCUUCAUUGACGAGAUUGAUGCCAUCGGUAAAUCGCGUUCCAAACAGAAUUUCGGCGGUGGAAAUGAUGAGCGUGAAAGUACACUCAACCAAAUCCUCACUGAAAUGGACGGCUUCAAUACAUCUGACCAAGUCGUUGUCUUGGCCGGUACGAACAGGCCCGACGUGCUUGAUAAGGCUCUGAUGCGACCUGGACGGUUCGAUCGCCACAUUUCUAUUGACCGGCCUACAAUGGAGGGUCGUAAGCAAAUCUUCGCUGUUCACUUGAAAAAGAUCGUGACCGACGAGAAUAUGGAAUACCUCACCGGAAGACUUGCGGCUUUGACGCCAGGAUUUGCUGGUGCUGACAUCGCCAACUGCGUGAACGAGGCAGCUCUUGUUGCCGCUCGUGAAAACGCAGAUCGCGUCGUCAUGAAGCACUUUGAACAGGCUAUUGAACGCGUCAUCGGUGGUUUAGAGAAGAAGUCCGUUGUGCUCACUCCUGAGGAGAAGCGCACAGUUGCCUACCAUGAGGCUGGACAUGCUAUUUGCGGCUGGUAUUUCCGCUGGGCUGAUCCGCUACUGAAGGUCUCUAUCAUUCCUCGUGGCCAAGGUGCACUAGGCUAUGCUCAGUAUCUGCCAGCAUCAGGCGACACAUACUUGUUGAAUGUCAACCAGCUUAUGGAUCGCAUGGCCAUGACUUUGGGUGGCCGUGUCAGUGAGGAGCUUCAUUUCGAAACAGUAACGAGCGGUGCCAGCGAUGAUUUCAACAAGGUCACUCGCAUGGCUACAGCCAUGGUAACCAAGUUCGGCAUGUCACCCAAGCUCGGCCACAUCUACUAUGAGGAGGACCCGCAGCAGAUGCUCCAUAAGCCAUUCUCCGAGAGCACGGCACGAGACAUUGACUCAGAGGUCCGCCGUAUUGUCAACGAAGCGUACAAGCAAUGCCGUGAUCUCCUUACGGAAAAGAAGAAAGAGAUCGGACUCGUCGCCGAAGAACUUCUGUCCAAGGAAGUUCUUGGCCGGGAAGAUCUGAUCCGACUCCUCGGCCCAAGGCCCUGGCCCGACAGCGAUGAAUUCGCCAAAUACUUUAACGGUGCGCAUGGGCAAACCAUCGCACCUCGUGAACCUUCUGAGACCCAGGAGGGCCAUGAAGGUAAGGACGGCAGAGACCAGACGCCUUUCCCCGUAUAGAUAAAGAAUAUACCUUGUACGUCAGUAUUUAUCGGGAUAGCAUGGGAACCGUGGAUUGAUUGGUAUGGGGUUGUUAAGGGCAUUUGUUGUGUAGGGGCACUUUUUUUCUUCCCCCUCAUGUAUUUAUUGACAUGUUACUGGAACAUCUCCUUUCUUUUUUCUAUCUACUUGUUAAAUUUCACUUUUCUUUUUGAUUCCAAUUCCGUUUGGUCGCGAUUGUCGUUUCCUCGUUCCUUUCCACUACCACUAUCCUAGUCAAUUUCUGUCCUGUCUAUGGAGGACUCUGUUUAUGCUGUACAGUAGGACUAAAAUUUUCAUUGAAUCUGGUAUGUCACCACCAGCCUUGUCUGAUCUGGUACGAACUUGAAUUCGUUUAGUCUUUGGUAUUCAUUGACCGGAUCAGAGCAAACUCUAAGAUUAUUUAAAAACGUUGAUAGAGAUAUACUGUAUCGCGUACCCUGAACAAACGCCAUUCAAUGCAUCCAAGUAGAUACCUCUCUAAUUAAUCUAAAUGACAGUAAAUAGGUAGAAAAUGCUUUACAGGAAAAAAAAGAAAGAAAUAGCAUCGUUUUCUUCACCUUCAUCUUUCUCUCAGCUCCUGAGCGACAUUUUUCUCACUAGGCUGGGCCUGAUCAGUUUCACCAUUGCGAUCGAUCUUCUUAGGAGUUGACCGUUUACGAGCAGCGUAGCCCUUCCUGGGCUCAACAGAGAAGCGCGGAAUGAAUUUCCCAACGCGCGCCUGAUAAUCAGCAUAUUCGGGGUACUUGCUCGCGGUGAUCGACUCGGUAAGCCGGGUGCUUCCCUGGAAGAGGAGGACGUAGCCCAGGGCACCCAAAACGGUCCAGUGAAAAUAUGUCUCGGUACAGUAGCACGCCCAGAGGGCCAAGGUGAUCCAGAUACUUUGUUCUGCGGCAAAAUUCGGAUGCCGGCACCACGACCAUAGACCGGUGACGACAAAUCCGCGAUCGAGGUCUUCGGGGGAGAAUUGUCCCUUGUAUCUAUUGGGGAUACGUGCAGUCUGUGAGUACUCGCUCUUGGCGCGUUGGAAAUGCCAUUGUUGGUGAUCGGCGACGGCCUCGAUGAAGAUGAAGACGAUCAUGACGCGUGAGAAGAUAAGGUCCGGGAGGCCGAACUGCUCGUUCUUCUCAAUCUGGGAGAGGACGAGGAAUGUAUAAGACGGCGUAGAGAUUGCGAGGAGGAGCAGUGAUUGGACCAGGCUGAUGAAGAAGACGUUGAAGAGAAAAAAUAGGAACGUGCUGUUGAUCUUGGACCGCAAAAUAGACCAGCGGUAGUCUUCGGAUCUGAACUUAUACCCUCCUUUGUGCCAAUAGUUGAAUGUUAAGCGGACCUGCAGCGGGUGAAUUGUUUUUUUCUUGAUCAGCAAGCUAUUGGAAUAACAAUACUAAGGGAGCUGCAAAUGAUAUUAAGACCUACACUCCAAAUAGCAGUUAUCACAGCUAUUGUGUCCAGUCUUCCUGUCGUAAGACCCUUCAUGCGGGCCCAGGUAGCAAAAUGCGCAUUAUAAACCGCCGGAAGGAUGCUCCAGCAUCUGUCCACUUGCGAAUAGUUCCUCGUAAUCUCAGAAACCAGCAAAAAUAGAGCAGACAGAACAAGUGCAAAUGCAGUUGCCGUCACCAGAGGGUUAGUGCUGACAUAGAUUGCCCUGAGCUUGUCGGCAUCUUUGCCGGCCUCGAUGAGCCUUGCCGGAAGCGCCGUUAUGCUUGGGAGGAAUGGGAGGACGGUACGGUUGAAGGACGCACAAUCCAGGACCGUCUGCACACUAGGAAGUGGUAGAGACAUGUUCUAUUUUCGGAGAACCUGGAGAUGGAGAGUUGUUGAGUGUUGUCG